AGUCGGACUCCGAGGAGCCAGGAAGUAACUGUGAGCCAUGCAGCUCAUGCGACGGAUAAAGUAGAGCGCGCGAGCGUCUGUUGUCAGCAGUCUGAGAUCACACGCGUGAGAGUGAGCAACAACAACUGCAAACUACUGCCAAUUUUUUUGCGCUGGUGCUCCGUGACCCCAGAGGAGAGACGAAACUCGGGGGAUAUUCAGUUUUUACAAGAACACAAAUAUAACACUAGCCCAUUGCAACACACUUCAUCAUAAGAAGAAAAAGACGGAAGGAAAUAAGUGCGGGACUGUGGAGUUUCGAGACAACGCUUCUCUCUUUGCAAGUUUAGACGAAGAAAAGCAACAAAAUUGAUCACAUCGCAUUCAGGAUGCCUCGGGUGGUCCCGGAUCAGAGGAGCAAGUUUGAAAACGAGGAGUUCUUUAGGAAACUCAGCCGCGAGUGCGAGAUUAAAUACACCGGUUUUCGAGACCGGCCGCAUGAGGAGAGACAAGCCCGCUUUCAGAACGCGUGCCGGGACGGCCGUUCAGAGAUAGCUUUUGUGGCGACCGGCACCAACCUCUCGCUGCAGUUCUUCCCAGCCAACCUUCAUGGCGACCAGCGGCAGGCACCCACCCGAGAAUAUGUGGACUUCGAGCGGGAGACAGGAAAGGUGUACCUGAAGGCUCCUAUGAUCCUGAAUGGAGUGUGUGUGAUCUGGAGAGGCUGGAUUGAUCUUCAGCGUCUGGAUGGGAUGGGCUGUCUGGAGUAUGAUGAUGAGAGGGCACAGCAUGAGGAUGCUCUGGCCCAGGCGGCCUUUGAGGAAGCCCGCAGGAGGACUCGUGAUUUUGAAGACAGGGAUCGUUCACACCGUGAAGACUUGGAGGUGAGAGUUGCCGACUCUGUGGCAUCAAAAAUCUGGGACUGAUGGCCUUCAAGAACCAGGCCCAGGCGACAGCAGGACCCCAGCCCUGGCUCCAACAUGGGCAACACUGACGAUCACAAGAUGCGCUAGCGGCAUUCACCAAAGUGGGAAGGGAUAGGGUCAUGAGACCUCCAUCACCACGGCAAUCUCAUCUCCAGAUACCUCGCUUAUCACAGGGCAGACCAAAGUCCACCGGUGGGGAUUUACGGGUGGGAUGUGUUUGGGAGGCGGGGGUAACUGUGAUCCCUCUUUUAGCCGGGUGAAGGGGCUGGGUGGGUUGGGUAGGGCUGGGCUGGAAUUAGUGUGAGUCAGAGAUUCAAUUGCAUUUAAUUUAGUCCCUUGUUUCUUCUUGGGAUUUUUGCACUAUGUGAUACAUUCAGUUUAAGUCUCUUUUCGGUAUGCAUGGUUUUCCUACCUAUGUUUGCUCUUGUUCCCCCAUGCAAGGCAUCUUAUUUUAUUUUUUAGCCCUUUGUUGUAAUGAAACGUCAUUUUUUUAUUAUUUUAUUCAUUGGUGUGUGAAAGUCAGGAUGUUUACUUUUUGUAUUUUAAUUUUCACUAUAUAUAAACUUUUUGUCCUCGCGCUUUGUAGGAAACUAGAUAACAUAGAUUCAUGCAGUAGAGUAGCAUGUUUUUUUUUUUUUUUGGAAAAAGGCUGCUGAUGUUGGGAUAAAAGUCUUUUUCUUCUACAAUCCUCCAUGUUUUCUGUCUUCCACGCUCUUUCUGUUACAAUCAGUUGAAAUGUGCUUUGAACAUGAACCAAGCAGCAGCAAGUGAAUAUUGAGGUCAGUGUUACUCUGAGCGUGCUCGAAACAAAAUGAGGCAGGAAUUCGUUUUUUUAACCUAUAUCUGAAUUUUUUAACUGCUCUGCUUUCUCUUUCAUUCAUGUUUUAAUGAUUUAUGUUUUUCAUGCCUUGACAGAAAUGCAGACAGGCUUUUCAUUGUUUUGUGCUAUGAUUUGGACAUUUUUUAAUAACUUUUACAAGUUAUUUGGAUUUACUUCUUCAAAUAUGUGUUUGGUACUGUGUUUGCAACACACAAGAAAAUACUUUUAUUGGGUUUUGAUGAGCAAUGAUGAGACAAAAAUAAACCUGUAAAUGUUUGCAGUUGUUUGACAAACACAUUUUACAAUAGAAACCAGGUACCUUUAUACGGUAAACAGAAUUAAAUGGGUUAUGUGUAAGUUAUUGCUUUUAAUGCUAUUGUUUUAUGCAUGUUAUGUGCAUACUCUUUAGGAUGAUCAUAUGGAAGUUUUAGUUUUACUGUCUUUACACAGUAAAAUGUUUGAAAGUGUGGAUGGGCAUGACGUUAUUUGUUAUGGGUAAAUUCCCGAAGCAAAAUUGCAGGUUUGAAUGAAAAAAAAAGAAAGAAAGUAUAGAAGCUCAAGUGUACAUUGUAGCUCAAAAAUGGACAACACCAUAAUUGUACUAAAAAGGUUUAAUUCCCAUAAUAAUCUUCAAGAUUUUUAAAAAUAAAAAUAAGCAUAAACUUUGUUUUUUACCACAGGUAGUAUGUUGUUUUUUUUUUUUUUUUGAUGCUGCAGUCAAGGUAUGGCCUAUACCUCUAGCUUAAACCAAAUAUAGAUAAAUGUACACAAAAGAGAGCUUACUGUAUUUAUAAAGAGCCGAUUCAUGUUGUCUGGCUAGUGGGGAAAAGCUAAUCUUGGUUUAGUGAAUGUCAAGGGUUUAGAUUGGGCACUUACACAGUACCAUUGCUUACAGAUGUGUACCAAGAUAUUAUUAGAGUCUGUGUAUAUUUUAAAAAGGCCAGAGACAGAGAACUUGACCAAACCAGAUUCAACAAACAGCCCUGCUUUAUUCUGCAUGCACUCUCCUUCCAGAUCUACCGUCCCCUUUAGGUGUGUCUUAUGCUGUGUAUCAAAGAAAUACCCCCUUGUGGUACCCCAAUUGUUUUUUUCCUUUACUUAAUGCAGGCAUUAAGGCAUAUGCACACCAGGUAGUGAAUGACUUUUUUUUUCAAAUGAACGAAUAAAUGUUUUUUUUCGUAAUUGUUUUAAAUUAUUGAUGCAGGUGUACCUUUGUUUCAUUAUCAGGUUCCGCUAUGAUCAAAUGUGUAUUUCUGUAUUGAUAUUACUUACUUUUCCCCUUGGCCCCUUAAAGAACUGGGGAUGCUUUUAUAUGGUCUUUGGUUUUAGCUUUAUCUCUCUGUUGUUAAUAAGCGAGGAGGACUGUUAACUGAAGUGUUAUGUUUGACAUGUUUCUUAAUAAACUUGUUACAAAUUGUA